AAGUGUGGUACACCUUCGCCAUUUGUAUCAAUUUGUAUACGUGAGAAACGUGGGAACCAGCGUGUAGGCCACAUAGACUAGUGCAAGAAAGUGAUUCAAAGAAAAAAUAUUUUAUAUUAAAAAUAAGAAAGCAAAUCGUCUCUUUAAAAUGAUAAUUAAAGUGAAUUUUUCUUAAUUUUUCGAAUCUCUACUAUCUCGACCACGUGCUGAAUCCUAAAUUAUAACCUAACUUAACCUAAAAAUGGCUCGUAAAAGAAAGGGUCGAUGUGUGAAGCGAAAUAAACAGAUAAAUACAGAAGAGAAGGAAGAAUUAGUGAAAGCACCUCAUUCCUUUGUAUUCCAUCGUGGAUUGCCAGGGGAACAUAUUGUUGAACUUACCAAAGACUUUCGCAAAGUUAUGGAACCUUUUACAGCUUCGUCCUUAAAAGCUCGAAAGAAAAAUACAAUUAAAGACUUUGUCUCUGUUGCAAGCGUGCUGCAUGUGACUCACAUGUGCAUAUUCACCAAAACGGAACUGGGAAUAUACCUUAAACUUUGCAAAUUGCCUAGAGGACCUACACUUACCUUCAAGAUACACAGUUUCUGUUUAGCACGAGAUGUUAUAUCUAUGCUAAAGAAACAGAUGGUAUAUCAGGAGGCCUUCAAAACUUCUCCACUUUUAGUUUUAAACAAUUUCAGUGGCGAGGGGAUGCAAUUGAAACUCAUAGCUUCCACUUUCCAGAACAUGUUUCCAACUAUAAACUUGACCACUGUUAAUCUGAGCACGAUUCGUCGUUGCAUAUGUCUAAAUUACAAUGCAACGUCAAAAACUAUUGACUUUAGACAUUAUACGAUCAAAGUUAUACCUGUAGGUUUGUCGAGAGGUAUUAAAAAAAUAGUACAAGCAAAAGUACCAAAUUUGUCUAAAUAUCAAGAUAUUUCGGAAUUUCUGACGAAACCGACCAUGUCAGAAAGCGAAGCAGAAGAUGACGAAAGCAGUCAUGUCACAUUAUCACAAAAAUUGUCGUCAAGAGGGAAUCAUGCUGAUUCUAAAAGCGCGAUUCGAUUAUUCGAGUUAGGACCGAGAAUAACAUUGCAGUUAAUCAAGGUGGAAAAUGGACUCCUCGAUGGCGAAGUGCUUUUCCAUGAACUUGUACAUAAAACAGAAGAAGAGAAACAUGCGAUAAAAAAGAGAAGAGAAACGAAGAAGAAAUUAAAGGAAAAGAGAAAAAAGUUGCAGGAAGAAAAUAAAAAGAAGAAGGAAGCACAAAAAGAGAAACACAAAGAGAAGUCGUUGAAAGGAAUUCAAAAGAAAAAAGAGAAUGAUAUACUUCUACAAAAAAUUGCGAAGGAAUCUACCGAAAAGAGUGCAUUGGAGGAAGACGACGAUGUACAAUAUUAUCGUGAAGAAGUGGGAGAAGAACCUGAUAAAGAUUUGUUUCAAACAAAAAUUGGUACCAAGAGGCCGUAUAAGCACAUAAUGCGAUACAAAUCAAAAAAAGCGAAAUUCGAUAAACCCUAGAGUAACAUUGAGUAAAUUAUAAAAAAGAAAAAAAUCUCCAAAAUAAAAUGUUAUAAAGUCCACAACUUGUUAAAGUAUCAAUAUUUUUGCAAAGUAUACUAACACAAAUAUAUUAAUUACGCAAUCUGUUUAAUUACAAAAUCUGUUUAUUAUCAGAGUAUCUCUAUUAAAGAAGAAAAAAUUGAAGGAAAACUACAGUUAAGAAGAAAAUUGUGCAUUAAUGCGCUCCAACUUGUACAAGCAACAUUUUACAUAAAAUUCUUAUUUUAUCUUAUAAUCAAAUUUUCCCUUUUAAGAAAUUUGAUUAUAUCUGAUAAUAUAUGUUUUAUAUAUAAACAAAAUAAAUUUAAAUUUAUAAAUGUUAAACUUUUUUAUCACAAAAACUUUUUGAUAUUAUUACUUGUAAUAUCUAAGAUACUAAUUAUCAAACUUAUAUCACUUUGUAUAUAAGUCUUUUUUUUCCAUUAAAAGAUUUCUGUUCUAAAAUAUAAAUUUAAUUUCGGAUAUUCUUUACUCUGUAUUUAUUCAUAGAGUGUAUAGAUUUUUACAUAGAUCAUUACGCAGUUUUUAAAAACGAUUGUACAUAACGAUUAUAAACAACAGUAACACCGUGUAUUACUAUUGUGUUAGAAACUGUAUAAAAUAUAAUGUGUAAAAUUAGCAGGCACGAUGCAAAUGGCGACUAAAAUUUAAUUUUUUAUACUAAUUUAUUCCGAUUAUAUAAUACUUUUAUAUAUACACACUAUAUCUUAGUUAAGUUAAACAUUCAUUAUAUCACAGGAAUUAUAUUAUCUUAAAGAACAUGUAAAAUUGGCAAAAAAACAUACUGUUAUCAUCUGUAGUCGAUAUAUGAAAUAAGUAAUAAAGUUUGCAUCUUUAUGUC